GGCGAGGCCGCGCCGCCGCCGCCGCUGCUGACCCGGGGCCGCGCCGGGGCCGGGGCGCCCGCCAUGGGGAACACCGCCUCGUGCUGCGUGUCGUCCAGCCCCAAGCUCCGCAGGAAUGCCCACUCGCGGCUGGAGUCCUGCCGGCCCGACGCCGACUUGAGCCGCGAGGACACGGGCUGCAACCUGCAGCACAUCAGCGACCGGGAGAACAUCGACGAUUUGAACAUGGAAUUCAAUCCUUCAGACCAUCCUCGGGCCAGCACAAUAUUCCUCAGUAAAUCUCAGACGGACGUGAGAGAAAAACGCAAGAGUCUCUUCAUUAACCAUCAUCCUCCAGGACAAAUAGGAAGGAAAUACAGCUCCUGCUCGACUAUUUUCCUAGAUGAUAGCACAGUCAGUCAACCAAACCUCAAGUAUACAAUUAAAUGUGUAGCUCUCGCAAUAUAUUACCACAUCAAAAACAGGGACCCAGAUGGAAGGAUGCUCUUGGAUAUUUUCGAUGAGAACCUUCACCCUCUUUCGAAAUGCGAAGUGCCACCAGAUUAUGACAAACACAACCCAGAGCAGAAGCAGAUUUACCGGUUUGUUCGGACACUGUUCAGUGCUGCUCAGCUGACUGCGGAAUGUGCCAUUGUCACCCUGGUGUACCUCGAAAGGCUUCUAACAUAUGCAGAGAUUGACAUCUGUCCGGCCAACUGGAAGCGGAUUGUUCUGGGGGCCAUCCUGCUGGCCUCCAAGGUAUGGGACGACCAGGCCGUGUGGAAUGUGGACUACUGCCAGAUCCUGAAGGACAUCACGGUGGAGGACAUGAACGAGCUGGAGCGACAGUUCCUCGAAUUGCUCCAGUUCAACAUCAACGUGCCCUCCAGUGUUUAUGCCAAGUAUUAUUUUGAUCUUCGUUCUCUGGCGGAAGCCAACAACCUGAGCUUCCCCUUGGAGCCCCUUAGCAGGGAGAGGGCCCAUAAGCUGGAGGCCAUCUCCCGCCUCUGCGAGGAUAAGUACAAGGACCUGCGAAGACCCACGAGGAAGCGGUCAGCGAGUGCUGACAAUCUGACUCUGCCGAGGUGGUCCCCGGCCAUCAUCUCCUAACCGUGGGCGUCCCCGCUGGAGGCCGUGCCAUCCCUCAGUUUCUCCUUUAGUUCGAGAAAAGACAGUCUUGGGGUGGUUUGGUUUUGUUUCUCUCUUCCUUUUUUUAAAAUUCAUAGCUCCGCCAGGCUGCCUUGAUGAGCGCCUCCGCGCCACGCGCACGCGCAGCAGGGCUCCGAGGACGCGAAGUCGGUACCGUGGGAUCCAGUCCAGCCUUCCCCAGCCCCGGAACAGCGCUUCCUUCGUGGAGGAAAGACUCUAACCCUGGAGGAGGCAGGGAAGGGAAAGGAAGUCGGCUAGAGGCACGGAAAGCGGCUUGGCCACUUCCUAAGCCCCCCACCGUCGGUCAGUAGCCGGAACCGACAGGAAAGCCCCGCGUAGGUGACGAAGUUGGAUGUGCAUUCAAGUCACACGCCGCGUUCACCGCCCCACCUGGAUCAGUAUGUCCCGUAAGACUUCUUGCCUUCCUUCUUGCUGCUUCUCGGGGGUUUGGGGGGGGGGAUUUUUGUUUGUUUUCUUCUGUUUUGGUCCCACAGAGCAGAGAAUAUAGUUUGUACCCACCAUGGCACAGACAUCCAAAUAAAUAGUACUGGCUGUUUCUCUCUGCACAACUCCUGCGAGCUGUCUUCUGAGCUUUCUUCCUCUCCAGGGGGAGCACUUGUCACGUUUCUGUGCACCUUUAUUUUAGCCGGUUUUCUCCACAGUGGCAGAAUCAACUUGACUGUAGUGCUGAGCCAAACGUAGCCCUUUCCCCCGACUCCUCCCCCCGGGAACAUUCUAGAUCACAUGGGUGCUUGUGCCUUCUGGUCCUGCGGUGGUUUCUCUCUGCCCUGACGCCCUGGUGGAGGCUGCUCCCCCGCGGCCCGCGUGGGAGCCCUUCCUCCCCCUGCCCACCCCCUCCUCUACUUCCACGUCCAUUGUGCAAGCAAUAUUCCUCUCAAUUUUUAUAUGUUUACUUUAAAUCAAAGUUAGUCUAUUUGUAUAAAAUUUUUUAAAAAUCUAAAAUUUAAAAAAACGGGGGUGGGGGUGGGUAUUCCCGUGGAAGAUCAUUGAAGGGCAAAAUGUUCCUAUUUACUGAGGUAUUUUUCACAGAAUGAUUGAAUAAAAAACUCAACUUGCAUUUUCA